AUUAUUUUGAAGCUUAAGUCCAUGGCUGACGGUGACAAAAUGGGAAGAAAUCAUGGCUGUGAUACUGAUGAGAAGGAUUUGGGUUUGACAGUUGGGCAGCAGGUGACUGCUAAUCCUUUUCGGGAUAAGAUAGAGUACCAAGCAACCAUCCUACGCUGCGUUAAGAGGGGGAUCUUUGAACUACAGUUCGAUGAAGUUUGCUGCAACGUGUCUAGAAAAUAUAUAAAGCUGAUAACAGAUCAAAUAGCAGACGAGACCAGAUCUGUAAUGUGUGGUCAAGCUAAAGACGAGACCGGAUCUGUAAUGAAUGGUCUAGUUGAAGACGAGACCGAUUCUGUAAUGGGUGGUCCAGCUGAUGACGAGACCAGAUUUGUAAUGGGUGGUGCAGCUGAAGACACUACCGAUUCUGUAAUGGAUGGUCCAGCUGAAGAUAAGACAGGAUCUGUAAUGGAUGGUUCAGCUGAAGACAAGAUCGGAUCUGUGAUAGGUGGUCCAGCUGAAGACGAGACCGAUUCUGUAAUAGGUGGUCCAGCUGAAGACGAGACCGGAUCUGUUAUGGAUGGUUCAGCUGAAGACAAGAUCGGAUCUGUAAUAGGUGGUCCAGCUGAAGACAAGAUCGGAUCUGUAAUGGAUGGUUCAGCUGAAGACAAGAUCGGAUCUGUAAUAGGUGGUCCAGCUGAAGACAAGAUCGGAUCUGUGAUAGGUGGUCCAGCUGAAGACGAGACCGAUUCUGUAAUGGAUGGUCCAGCUGAAGACAAGACAGGAUCUGUAAUGGAUGGUUCAGCUGAAGACAAGAUCGGAUCUCUGAAGACGAGACCGAUUCUGUAA